UCUUCCUCUCCCACAGCACGCUUUCCCUCUCACACACACUCUCUCUCUCUCUCUCUCUCGCUCCCUGGGUAUCGUUGCUGGUUUCAGCUUUUGGGUUCCUGAAAUUCUCUCCUACUUUUUCUGACAUUACAAUGUGAGGGAACCUAUUUUCAUUUUGCUCUUUCUUCUUUUUUAUUUUCUGGAUAAUCAGAGAGUUUCAGAGUUGCUUUGGCUCCUCUAUUUUGAGCUCAUUUUGGUUCUUCCGAACUUGAGGGCAGGAGAUAGAAAAUUGAGGGUUACAAUGAAUACCACGUCAAAGGACUGUUCAAUAACUUUUGAUGAGAUUGCAAACAUGUUCACUCCUAAGUUUUCCGAGGUUGAUCUCUCCCUUUUUGCUGCCUCUGAACAUGAAGCUAUAGGACUGGAACAUUUCUUAAUGGAACCUAAAUGUAACAGAAACUUAAUUGGUGUGGUUGAUUUUGAAACUUUCCAUUCACAGAAAUUCUUCGACGUUGAAGAUUUUUCAGGCGCCAUCGAGUAUGAUGAAACAAAGCAUCAUUGUGGCACUCAUGUUCAUGUAAUUUCACUACUGAGGGCAUUCACAUGUGGAAAAUAUCCACAAAAGAUGCAGUUUGUUCUAAUAGUGCUAAAGAAGUACGGGAGGAAAAGCGGGAGUCUAUUGAAGAUAUGUUGAAUGAUAAUGUUUUCGAUGGAAAAACCAGGCUUCCAACUACAGGCAAAGAAUUCGGUUUGGAUGCCAAGUCUGCUGAUAAACUCGUCAUUUUGGAUAAUGGUCCUUGCAAAGAAUCCUACCUGGGAAAUGCGGAUUUAGAGAGCCUCUCCCCAGGCUUCGAUGAAAGAGACUAUGUUGCUGAGAUAUCAUACAUGUCUUCUGCAAGUGUUCCUGCACUUCAAUUUACACAUAACCAUAACUCUCCCAUGCUUAACCAAAUGACAGUCCAUGAACUACAUGAGGCCUUUAAGAGCGUGUUUGGUCGUGAAACUUUAGUGACAGACAAGCAAUGGCUGAAGCAUCGUGUGUUAUUUGGCUUGCGGAACCAGGUUGAGUCAGACAGUGAUUUGAACCACAUAAAAUGUGGUACAACUUCCUAUAAAACCGAAGACAAAACUCUGUGCUUAUCCAGUAGUGACUCAUCUAGGAGUGCCGCAAGCUCCAUCAAAUGUGUGUUAGGUGAUGAAACUAUGUCUUUAGAUUGGCAUGUUGGAAGGAAGGGGCUUGCUGGUCUUGAUUUGCAGACCACCUCUAUGGAGUUGAGCGAAAUUGAAUUAUGUUCACAUGAUGGAGGAGAUAAAGCACUUGUCACACGAAAGAGAUUGCGAAAGCCUCCCAAAAGAUACAUUGAAGAAUCAUUGGAAGCGAAUUCAAAAUAUUGUAAGGGAAAAAGUGGAGCUGUCAGACCUCGGAAGUGCCUGAAGGAAUUUGGAACUUCUCAGUUGGCUUGCGAAGACAAACCUUUCAAAGGAAGUUGCAUUCAGGUUCCAUUUGGUCUUCCAAUAGAGGAAGGGCACGUGAAGAUAAAUGCAUCAUAUUGGGAUUCUGAGAAUUGCAGGGAUGACAGAAUUUCAUCUCCAAAACAACUUGUUACAGAGCCUUCUGCUGCUGCAUCACAAGAUGAAAUUUCUGAAGAUGAACAUGUUACAAGAAGCAUUGUUCGAAAAGGCAGCAGCCGUAGAAAGCAUCAUAUAUCAUGGACUCCUUCUGAAGUGAUGAGGUUAAUUGAAGGAGUCUCUCAGUGUGGAGUUGGGAGAUGGGCUGAAAUAAAGAGGCUAUCGUUUCCAUCAUCUUCGCGUCGAACAUCUGUUGAUCUCAAGGACAAGUGGCGAAAUCUGUUACGGGCUUGUUGCGUUCAGCUGCAGAGCAAGAGAAAGGUCAAGCAAGGGCAGAAGCAAGCAUCGCAUCGAGUGCCAGAGUCUGUUCUGUGGCGCGUUAGAGAGUUGGCCACGACCUAUCCAUAUCCAAGGGAAAGUAAUUCCAAGGUGGCAUACACUGCACCCAUUUCUUCCUCCUUUCCAGCCGCCAUUCAAAACAGGUCCGUGGCUUUGUCAACUAGUGUCUGAAGAUAGUUGAGUUGAAGGCAAAGAAAAUAAUACUAGCAAUUAGCGAACUGCUGUAGAUGUGAAAGCUUUUUACUAACUGAUAAAAGAGAAAAGAAUGCUUGGAAUGAAACUGCAUCUUUCUUUGCUUUGUUUUUUAUUCUUCUUCGUUGUUUUUGUUUUUUUUUUUUUUUGGGGGCAAAAACGUAGUUUUCUAACAUAGUGAAUUUCUAACUUGUGCCUUUGUAAUGUAUGCUAUUGUUUGUGAUGUU